AUGUCGACCUCAUUAUUCUUGCUUACCGCUCUGGCGGCAGCAGCAGCCAUCUCAACCAAGACAGUCCAGAGCCUCACCGUUGCUCCUGGCUGUCCGGCGAGCUGUGGCGGCGUGAACAUCCCCUACCCUUUCGGCAUUGGCAGCGGCUGCUUCCGCAAGGGUUUCGAGAUCGAAUGCAUCAACAACGGCCCGGUGCUCGCCGGCACCACCCUUGGGGUGGUGUACCUUUCCGUGGAUCCUGCAGAGUCGCAGGUAAUGCUCCCCGUCGCGUGGCAGUGCUAUAACGCCUCCAGUCCAGGGGAAGCCGAGGACUACAGCUAUGGCGAGACAAAAAUGAACAAGGACGGCGUGUACCGCAUCUCCAACAGGCACAACAUGCUCGUCGUCCUCGGCUGUAACACCUUUGCAUUCACGGCGAGCGCGAGGGCCGACGGCGGCAGCGCGGCCUACAUCAAGGGGUGCAUGUCCUACUGCAACAACUCGGCGAGCGCCGAAGACGGGAUGUGCGCCGGCGCCGGGUGCUGCCAUGUCGACAUCCCGCCGGGGCUCACCGAGAGCUACUUCAAGUUCUGGGCGUACGACCACUCCGGCAUGAUGGACUACAGCCCCUGCGACUACGCAUUUAUCGUCGACAGGGCCAACUACACCUUCAGGCGCUCCGACCUGCUCAUGGACAGGAACCGGACCUCGCCGGUGCGGCUAGACUGGGCCAUCCGCGACAACGACGACACCGUGCCCGAAAGCGCCGUAUUGUCGUGCGCCGGCGCAGCCAGGAGCACCACCACGGAGUACGCCUGCGUCAGCGAUCACAGUGAGUGUGUUCACUCCCUCAAUGGGCCUGGCUACAGCUGCAGCUGCUCCGAUGGCUACGAGGGCAACCCCUACGUUGUCAACGGGUGCGCCAGUUGUUGGCCCAGCUCCAGACUCAAAAUCAGCUCCGGGAUGCUCACCGGAGCCAUGUGCCGUGGCGGUGGCCUCGUCUCACUCACUAUCGCUGCCGAGGUCGACAAAGACCCUGCCUUGCUCCUCCGCGACGCACCGCCACUCCUCUGCCUUGUCUGCGUCGCGCUGGCUCGAGCGCGAGAUGAGGCCGAUGACGGUGUCGAGGUUUCCCUCCUUGACGAAGUCGUCGGCCGCGAGCCCUGCAUUCACGCCGAGCUGCGGGAGGAGGCGUGGCGGCGGCGGUAG